CCAGAAAAAUGUGGAAUCUCGGUGGAUGCUGCGAUCGAGCGAGGGGAAACUAGAAGGGGAGACAUCACAGCAUGGCCCGGCGAAUGACACUCUGGGAGGACAGACCUCGCGGGAUUCUGCCACCUAGGGCAUUGGAUGGCAGGAUAGAGGUAAGCUUGCCAGCAAGAAGCAGGGUGAGCAACCCGAUAAUGGACUGGGUGGGGGUAGAGCUGGUGGAGGACACAGUGUACCUAGUGGUGGAAGUGGAAUGUCGCGCAAGAAGGGAAUUCGGGGGUGUAAAUUUGGACCUCCCAGGGUGCCUACAUGCCACGGGGUCAUUAUACCUAUCGGAAGAAGGAUGGAGAACCUUUGGGAUCACCCUGGCCUCCGGGGGUGACCCCGUGCGAAUGUUUGAAGGGGUCUGGCAAAUAACCUGGCGAGAGGGGUUCGAAUUCGCAGAUCCAGAACGGAACGAAGUGACGGCAGAAGUAGGAACCGUCAUGGCGGGAAUCUUCAACCUACCAAACGAAAUCAUGCGAAUGAGAUUGCCGCCCUUCCUACUAAGGCAGAUGGGAGGUACGGAGCGGGUUGAGCAGGCAGUAGAGGCACUGGCUAGAAUAAGUUUUGCAGAAGCUUCAGUUUAUCAAGAGUACUAUCAGACCUUCUUGGAAAUGGGGCCCUUCGAGGACGGACAAGGGUACGAAGUGCUAUAGGAAGAAGUAGGGAGCCUGCGGAACAAGGGGAGUCAGGACACGGAAAAUGAUGUAGAGCAGAACGAAGCCUCCGCGAAGGAUCGAGAGUCGAAAAAUCCGGAAGGGACUAAGGAGGGAAGAAAGGAAGUAACAACCGGGGAAAGUUCUAGAAAAGUCGGAGGAAGCAAACGAGGAACUCAAGAAACUAGAGGGGAUAAGAGUAAGGACAGUUCGGCGCCACGGGCAUCCGAGGGCGCGCUGUCAAAGAAGGUAAGACUAACGGACACCCGGAAGAAGCUAGCCGAGAUAGAAAGGACAACAACGGAAUAUAAAGCGAAACUCCUGGAGGAGAUGAUAAACGAAGGCGAAGGGGACCCCACUGAAGGAAGGUUGAAUGAAGACCAAGGAACAAACCAAGGACGGGGAAGCCGAGACGAUAUUAUAAAAAGGAGAAAGGAUAGAACCGGGGGGCGUAGGGAGACACCGACCAAGAAAGGAAAGGAUAGAACGGAGUCCUCAGGAAGGGAGGCGGAGAAGGCUACCAACCCGCCAGCUAUAGAUAGCGGGGCAAGCCGACCAGCGGUUUCGCCUAUAAUCGCAAAAGGAUGUGAAGGGUUUUGGAACUUGAGGGAAAGGGUGCUGAGUUGGUUCGACCCGGAAGGAACGAUAAAACCUGGAGAAAGGGUGGAAACGGGGAAGGGAGAACAAGGCUUCGGCAGUGCCGGCGGGUCAGGAGGAACCGAAGAGGGACUUAAGAAAAUGAUAUUUUUCCUCACGCGUGCGCUAAAUAAGAAUCAGGGGUAUCUGGCGGAUGCCAAGAAGAAACUGACAUUCGAUGGAGCAAAUAUCAUGAAAAUUUUGAUAGAUUACGAGAAUUUGGCAGCGCUACUAAGAUGGAGUGAGGAGGAGAAGAUGGAACAUCUAGGGCAGCACGUCUCGCUGAACCUAGGAAGGGAUAUAAUGACUAUUGUCGCCACUAGUGGAUCCUGGAAGGAGGCCCGGGACAUAAUGAUGCAAAAAUACCUGGUCGCCGAAAAAACGACUAUAAAGGCAGAGCUGGCUACGGUACACAGGAAGAACUUUACGACAUACAAUGAUUUCCAGAGAGAAUUCUCUCGUGACAUUGCGACGCUGCGGGGGGAGAUCACAGGUCCCCAAGGAGAGGAAGUGAACUGGAACUCCCCAGGGGGGAUGCGCCGGGCCAUAAUCGCACUCAACAACCUCGACGUUGCCGCGGUAGAGGCUGAGCCCGUGGCAGAGCUCGCCUGGGAACAGGCACGGGGGCGCGGGCCACAGGCCAACUUUAUUUUAGAAAACGACAGGCAAGAUAGGAUGACCGUGACCGCCAGAAAGCGAACAACAGAGAGGAAGGUCGUGCAGGAAGUCGUCAUGGAAGAUGCUGGGGAUGGCCCCGGGAUGCCGCAAGAGGCUGAGGAACAGGGGCAAGAAAAAGUCUACGGGAAACCUAGAGAAGAGACCCCGGUAGACAAAGCGACCUCGGCAAAGAAGAAAUUUCGGUACCAGAUUCCUAUUUUAACUAUGCCCGAGAUCGAUGACACCCUUACCAAACUGUUGGGGACCAUGGUGUCGGCCUCAUUCCAAACCAUGUUGCAGGCAAGUCCUAGGCUCUUGAAAGACCUCUACUCUGGAUACGAUCAGCUCCCGCUGGACGCCCGGGAUAGACCCUACACGGCUAUGCAUACCCCGGUGGGGCAGCUGCAGAUGCAAGUGAAUCCUAUGGGCUUCACCAAUGUUGUGGCAGAAGCACAACGGAGGAUGCUCGCAGUUGCGGGAGACAUGUUCCCCGCAAAAUGCGAACCAUAUAUUGACGACAAUCGAAUCAAAGGUGCACGAGACAAGGAUGAGACGAAAAUUCAACCAGGAAUACGAAAGUUUGUGUGGGAUCACCUGCAUGAUAUCAAAGAGCUCCUCCAAAGAUUCUUGGAAUACAACAUUACUGCCAACGGCCCCAAGAGCAUCUUGGCAGUACCGGAAAUAAGCAUCAGAGGAUUCCAGUGCGGGUCGGGACCAUUAGUCGUAGGGGGAGUUUUGAUCCAAAGAGGCGAAGACGGAAGAGAACGGCCAAUCAGAUUUGAAAGUAUGACGCUGAACUCAGCUGAGCGUCGCUACUCUCAAUUCAAGAAGAAAGUGCGGUCGUUCUCCACUGCCUUAAGACCUUCCAAGCCUCUACCUCUUUGGGAGGAGGUUCAUCUUGAGAAUAGAUCCGACAAACGUUGCAGGAGCUCUAAAGAAUUACAAGCCCAUAGACCCCACCGUGGGGAGAUGGGUGGGGUUCAUUUGGCAGUUCGAUUACAAGAUCGAGUGCAUAGCCGGGAUGACGACUUGAGCAGGGUGUGCAUAACACCGGAAGGAGUAGAGGACGCGGAACCGAUCGAUGUGUUCCUCGACUACGAAGGAGGGACCCUCGUGGUAGAUAAUGAGAUGAUAGAGCAUGCCUGCACAUCUGGGGAGUUGUUGAUCAAGGCGCUGGAGAAAGAACCUCCAACAGUUGUGGCGGAACUCAGGGAAGGAGCGCUUACAAAGUCUGGUCGAAAGAAAGAAAAUGACUCGUGGGGUGACACUGUGGGCCCUUAGGAAGAACUGAUAGCACUGGCGGUAGAAGGAGGACGGGAAGCGGUCAUGAGCCUAAUUGAGUCUUGGGAACAAAAGCGGCAGCAGUAC